AUCGAUCAGAAUCAUGGUUAGUUUUUCGGCGUGCGAAGAUGAACCAAUAAAGGAACGGAAAAUUUUCUUUCCCAAGUUGUGGUAUUAGAAGCGGAAGGGAAUUGGAGUAAUGGACCUUCCCACGCUACUCCCAAAAGUCCAACACCUACAAUUCCCUUUUUUUUUUUUUUUAAUAAUCUCUCAAAGUUUGACCCCUUAUUACCCUUAUCCCCAAAACCAACAGUCCUAUCCCAACAGCUGCCCCUUUCUCCUUUCAGGUCCAAUUAGCCCUUUCGGGUCUGUUCUAAGCCCAAAUCCUCCUUCCAUCUUCUCUCUUCUGCUCUGCUCUCCUUCCUUCCCCUUUCUCUCUCCUCUUUCUUCCUGCAAAACCCUAGAUCUCUCAGCCUUCCACGUCGCUUUCCGGGCUUCAAAUCUGCUGCCAGAUCCCUUCUCUUUCGGUUUUUGACCGGUUUACAUCUAGACAGAAAUGGCAGAAAUGACAGAAAUGGAAACAACCCCUGUGGAAAAUAACAAUGAGCUGGCCCUGAUCACUCCUGAAACACAGCCUAACAAGCGAAGGAAAAAGAAGUCCAUGGUUUGGGAGUACUUUACCAUUGAAACUGUGAGUGCUGGAUGUAGAAGAGCAUGCUGUAAGCGUUGCAAGCAAAGUUUUGCUUAUAGCACUGGUUCCAAGGUAGCAGGGACCAGCCACCUCAAACGUCACAUAGCCAAAGGAACCUGUCCAGCACUCUUACGCGACCAAGAUAACAAUCAAUUGACCCCAUAUAACCCAAGAACGGGUGGAAGUGAACCACCAAAGCGACGCUACAGAUCCCCUAGUUCACCUUACAUUCCAUUUGAUCAGGACCGUUGCCGCCAUGAAAUUGCAAGAAUGAUAAUCAUGCACGAUUACCCUCUUCACAUGGUUGAGCAUCCUGGGUUCAUAGCUUUUGUUCAGAAUCUUCAGCCUCGGUUUGAUAAAGUGAGUUUCAACACUCUUCAAGGGGAUUGUGUUGCAACUUACUUGAGAGAAAAGCAAAGUGUCAUGAAGUUUAUUGAGGGUAUUCCUGGACGCUUUUGUCUUACACUGGACAUGUGGACUUCAAAUCAAACCCUGGGUUAUGUGUUUAUAACUGGACAGUUCAUUGAUAGUGACUGGAAGUUGCAUAGACGGGUUUUCAAUGUCAUAAUGGAGCCAUAUCCGGAUUCUGAUUCUGCUCUAAGUCAUGCUGUUGCUGCUUGCCUGUCAGACUGGAGUUUGGAAGGCAAGUUAUUUUCCCUUACCUUCAAUCAUCCACAAAGUGAAGCUGGGCUGGAAAAUCUUAGGCCUUUACUCUGCAUUAAGAAUCCGCUUGUUCUUAACGGUCAGCUAUUACUCGGAAAUUGCAUAGCUCGUACUUUGAGCUGCAUGGCAAAGGAUGUGCUCGGAGCAGGGCAAGAAAUCAUCAAGAAAAUCCGUGAUAGUGUGAAGUAUGUGAAGACAUCAGAAUCCCAUGAUGAUAAGUUUGUUCAAGUUAAAAACCAACUUCAAGUGCCAAGUGAAAAGAGCCUAUUUCUCGAUAAUCAAACUCAAUGGAACACAACAUACCAAAUGCUUGCAGCUGCUUCUGAAUUGAAGGAAGUGUUUAAUUGUUUGGAUACUUCUGAUCCAGAUUAUAAGCUAGCCCCGUCAAUGGAAGACUGGAAUCUAGCUGAGACUUUAUGCACUUUCUUGAAACCUCUAUUUGAUGCAGCCAGCAUGCUUACAAUUACAACUAACCCUACUGCAAUUACAUUCUUUCAUGAAGCUUGGAAAAUACAUGCAGACUUAGGCCGUUCAAUCACUAAUGAGGAUCCCUUCAUCAGCAAUCUUGCUAAGUCAAUGCAAGAGAAGAUUGAUAAAUACUGGAAGGAUUGUAGCCUGGUUUUGGCAAUUGCAGUGGUCAUGGAUCCUCGAUUCAAAAUGAAACUUGUUGAGUUCAGUUUCACAAAAAUAUACGGUGAAGAUGCUCCCACAUAUAUCAAAACUGUUGAUGAUGGAAUUCAUGAGCUAUUUCUUGAAUAUGUGGCACUUCCACUGCCUUUGACACCGACUUAUGCAGAUGAAGGAAAUGCUGGAAACAAUUUUAAGACUGACGAAUCUCAUCAAGGAAAUCUUCUUUCAGAACAUGGACUUACAGAUUUUGAUGCCUACAUUAUGGAGACUACUAGCCAGCAGAUGAAGUCUGAGCUGGAUCAGUACUUGGAAGAGUCCUUGUUGCCUCGUGUCCAAGAUUUUGAUGUCUUAGGUUGGUGGAAACUGCACAAGAUGAAGUAUCCAACUCUUUCAAAGAUGGCUCGUGACUUUUUGUCAAUUCCAGUAUUUGCUGCUGCUCCUGACUCAGUCUUUGAUAUCAUAGACAAGCAACUAGAUGAGUAUCGUUGCUCCCUGCGACCAGAGACUGUGGAAGCCCUAAUAUGCGCCAAGGACUGGCUUCAUUAUGGAUCUGAAGUUUCAAAUGCACUAGUUAAAAUGGAAUUUUAGGUGAUCGUCUUACUUCCAUCAGAGUAUCAUGUUUAUGAUGUGCAUAUUUGCAUUUUGCUCCGAACCGCUAUAACAACAGCACAAUUUGAAGUGAUUUUGACUAGCAUCUUCGGGUUCAGUUGUUUUUAAUUCUAUCAGUAUAUCAAUCAGGAUGGCAUUAAACUGAAUGAUAUGCAAUCUGUAUAACCAUGGAAUUUUGAUUUUUGAGUUGCUAUGUCAUCACCAAUUCACGAAUUCAUACCAAGCUAAGCAACCCACUAGCACUAACUCUCAUUUUCUCUCUCUAAACCGUGAACCAUAAUCAUACCUGCCUCUCUCUAUCUCACUCGCCCACCUCCGGUGAGCUCGCCGCUGGCCUUAUUCAAGCACACCAGGCAUAAGCCAUAAAUAUUUCUCUUUUCUGUCUCCCGCUCGUCCCUCUGUUUAAAUUCUCUCUCUCUGCAACUAAGAUUUACUCU